AUUUAGUCUUUUACAGUUAUUUUCACUUAACAAGUGAUCUUAGUUCGCACUCGUGUUUUAAUUGCAAUUUUCUGUAGAGCAAUGGCCGCAUUAGAAGAAAAAUAUACAAAGUAUCUAGAUGAAAGCGGCAUAUUGCCGCGCCUACUCGAAAUCUUGGAGAAAUUGGUGGAUUUGGAUCCACUGCCCGCGGAUCCGCUUAUGGAAAUUCUGGAUGCACUCGGCUGCCAGCUCAUACCGCAGGCUCAAAUGAAGUCGUUGGAAAGGAAGGUAUCGCGCGCACAGGAUGAGCUGCGCUAUCUGCGUCGUGUGCUGAUCGAGCUUGGUGGCCACGACGAGCUGUACGACAGCGACACGGACGAGGACGAAUAUGUGGGUCAGGUUACCGAGAUGGGAGUUACGCCGCUUUACUCGCCCAACACUUCUAGCGAGGACGACAGCUCGACAUCCCAGUAUAUUUUGGAGGCAUCAAUUUCUGUCAGCGAGCAGCAGCAGCAGCAACACGAGCAGGAGCAAGAGCCCUGUUGCAGCCAUGAUCUCCGGAUAAAUGCGCAUCAUUUCUAGAUGAAUCCACUUAUGUAUCGAGUACAUAUAGACAAAUUAUAAUGUAUGCAUAUAUACAUGCAUACUUUUAACUUAACUUUAACUUUUAACUGCGCUAACAGUAUCUCAAAAUUUACAUUUCUUCAUAUUUUAUUAGAGAAAUUCAUUUAACUAUUUGAUUAGUUCAGACAGCGCUAGAUCGUUGCACAUUAUGUAAACCUAUAUUAAUAUCUUGUUAUAUCGGUAUUAAUAUCCAAAAGACCAUGCAAGAACAUGGCGUAUCGUUAAAAAUCGAAUAUAUGUAUUUAGAGUGUCAAAUACAUUUAUUCACAUUUCUUCAAGUUUCAAAUUAUUGCCUAGAGCUUGAUAUCAUGUCAGAAUAUUUAAUAAUAUAUACACAUAAUAAUUACUUGCGUGGAAGUUCUUCGAACUGAAAUAUAUAUAAUAUAUAUAUAUGAAUAUUGAAUUAAUAAAAUCGAAAAUAAUAAAC